CAACUUUUGUGCAGCAUGCGCGCCAAUGCCAAUUAAUAGUUGAAUAUUCCACUUGGGCUUUGAUUCACUUUUUCUCCUCUGAGCUGUCACUAGCAAUUAGUAAUUCAAUUAAAGGUUUCAUUCGUUCAUGGAUUUCUGCUGCAGCUUCUGUUCUCCGGUUUGCCAAAACGACGACUGAGCACCAAGUGAAUAAUAACAAUAAUAACACUAGUCGUAACAUAAUAACAGCCAAUAAUACUUCGGCACAAGUACGCCGAUCGGGAAAUAUAUAGUGGUUGAAUAAAAGCAGCGGCAUGUCGGUCGAUUUGAGUGGACAGCAGGAGCCGACCAUAUCGGUGAUAACCACAGUUCCGGUGGCCCAAAACGGUGGCGAAAUGGACGCCCUGCUGCUCGGCAGGAUUGGGGAACUGGUGGCCAUUUCUCCGGAGCGCCGCAACUGGCGAGGCAUCUUCAUCGCCCUGCUGGUGAUCGCCGCCGUCUUCAGCCUGAUCAUAUUCUCGAUCUUCCUGCUGUCGCCAGAGGACGAGGGCCUGAGGAUCCGGGGACGCCGCAUGCUGCCCAGCGACAUCCUGGGCAGGAGUCUGCAGUGGAAGCCCUUCAACGGCACCUGGAGCAAUGGUCGUGAGCUCAUCUAUCGCGAUCCCACGGGCGGCCUGUCCAUACUCAAUAUGGCCGAUCUCACCACACGCAUUCUUAUGACCAAUUCCACAUUUCGCCAACUAAAUGCGGAGUCGUUUCUUGUGGCACCUGACCAAAAAUACGUGCUCCUCCAAUCGGACACCAAUGCCGAGGGCUCUAGACAUCACGUAUACGAGGUGCAGACGGCCAACACAUUUCCGCUGGGACCGACGGAGAACAUUGCGGAGGCGCCACGCCUCCAGCAUGUGGUGUGGGCGCCGGUGAAUCCGCCACCACCAUUGGCCGCUCCACCACCCAGUGGUGCAGCAUCCAGCGCCACCGCCACCGCCACACCCACCGGCACAUCCACCGCCACGAUGGCUCCACUGCCCAGCGGCAGCAUAAUCCUCAACAGCCUGGCGGGGGCGGCCAAUGGCCCUGGAUCCGCGGGAUCGCCCGGAUCCUCCACAGCCGCAAAUCCCAAUGGCAAGGUCACCGGUUACACACUGAACCAGGCCAUCGCCUUUGUGCACCACAACGACAUAUACUACAAGCCCAAGGUGCAGGGCGAACUCGUCUGCCGGAUAACGCAGUCCGGAUCGGGAUCGGGAUCGGGAACGUCGGAGGGCGAGUCGCUGGGGGGCGUGGUAUUCAAUGGAGUGCCCGACUGGACCUACGAAAAUGUGCCCGAGCUGGAGAGCCGGCGGACCAGCAUGGAGUUCUCCCCGGAUGGACUCUAUUUGGCCUUUCUCAGCUACAAUGACAGCGAAGUCAACGAGUACAAAUACACCUGGAUGGGCGACGACAUCAAGUACCCGGCGGUGAUGAGUCAGCGCUACCCGAAGACGGGCUCCCGCAAUCCGAACGUGACGGUGAACGUGGUCAAUCUGUCGGUGAUCAAGUACAUAUUCCCGGUGCAGAUCAGGCUGCCGGCGGAGUUGGCCAACGGCAGCUAUGUGGGCGGACUGACCUGGGCGUCGGCCAGUGACCUUUCGGUGACGGUGACCAAUCGGGAGCAGACCAAGGCCACCACGGUGCUGUGCCGAGCGCCGCACUUCCACUGCCAGGCGGUGCACACGGAGGUGACCAUCAACGAUGGCUGGCUGCUGCCGUCGGAGCGACCCAUCUUCUCGGCCCGCAACCAGCUGCAAAAGCAGCCGGCCAAGCUGCACAUCCAGGGUGCGGACGAGUUGCUGCCCGAGAGCCACAACGUGAAUGUGUCGCACGGCGGCCAGACGAUGCACGAGAUCAGCAAUGGAGGCUACCUGCUGAAGAGGCUGCCCGUUCGCGAUGGCGAGCACGGUCACUACCGCCAUGUGGUCUUCAUAUCCUCGCUGGACCGGCGACCCGUGCCCCUGACCAUGGGUCGCUUCGAGGUAACCGAAAUCGUCGGCUGGGAUGAGCCGCACGAGAUCGUCUAUUUCAUGGCCGCGCCGGAGAAGAGGCCCGGCGAGCGGCAUCUGUACAAGAUUAGCCUGAAACUGAAUGUGACCGAGUCGAACCGCACCUACAUCACCUCCACGGCGCCCACCUGUCUCACCUGUGACAACAGCGAGUCCACCUACCGCCUGCAUCGGGCCAGGAUAUCGCAGCGGGGCGAUCGGUGGGAGGAUAUUGUGGCGCGUCUGGAGCCGGACGACUGCCUCUAUGACAUACCCAAGAACUGUCUGUACAACCGCGUGCAGUUCAGCCACGACUACAGCUACUAUGUGCAGGAGUGCCUCGGUCCGGAGGCGCCCAGCGUGUACCUCGUGGAGACCGCCAGCAACGACAAGAUCUAUGUCCUCAAUGCCGGCGACGUCCUGCGCCACCGGCUCUCCCAGCUGGCCGUGCCACAGUCGCGCACCUUCAGUGUGGAGAUCCGACAUGGCUUCCACGCCCAGGUGCGACUCUUCCUGCCGCCCGGAAUGCGCGAGGAGGAGGACGUGGCCUUUCCCCUGGUGCUGCACGUUGAUGCCUCGCCAGGAUCGCAGCUGGUGACGGAGCGCUUCCACGUGGACUGGAACUGGUACUUGGCCAGCCAGCGGAGCUUCAUAGUGGCCCAGAUCGAUGGGCGUGGCAGUGGGUACCAGGGCGAACUGCUGCGCACCCAGGUCCAUGGAAAACUGGGCACCGUCGAGGUGGAGGAUCAACUGGGUGUCUUGACAUACCUGCGGGACAACCUGAAGUUCAUCGAUCCGCUGAGAAUCUGCGCCUUUGGCUGGGGCUACGGUGGCUAUGCCUCAUCCAUGAUGCUCAUUGACGACUCCCAACAGGUGCUCCAGUGCGCGGUGGCCAUCAAUCCGAUUGUUAACUUUGGAUUCCACUAUUCCUUCUUCACGGAGCGCUACAUACCGCUGAAGGGCGACUAUUUGAGGGCUCUGCAGGAGGCGGACCUCACGAUGAAGGCGGGCAACAUCAAGGGGCGCAACCUGAUGCUGAUGCACGGAACGGCCGACACUUUGGUGCACCAGGAGCACACCCUGAUGCUGGUGCGCGCCCUCGUGGAGCAGCAGGUGAAGUUCCGGCACCAGGUGUACCCCGACGAGGACCACGCCAUCGCCCGCUCGCUGAGCCACGUGUACAAGACGAUGGAGUGGUACUUCGACGAGUGCUUCGGCCCCGUCGACGACAACGAGUGGGACCCCACGGGUCUGUUCGUGUUUAAGCAAUAAUUAAGACCCCCCUACGAUCCUUACGACGAGGAUCCGCUGGCCAAUCAGCUCAGCGACAUCGACGACACAGGGUCCGCUUCCGCCUCCGCCGCAGCCGCCGCCGCCAACGAUCCGGAUGCGGAUCCGUCCGGCGAUCUGUCCGGCAGCAACCUGUCCAUGUCCACCCUGCUGACCGCCGCCACGACGACCGCUCCGCUGUCGGCGCUCGACGAACUGGACAACCGGCUGCAGGCGCUCGACCUGAUCACCUCCUCCACGGCCACCACCCUCAGCAAGGUGGCCGGCAAGCUCUGCAACUACAGCAGCAAACGCCGGCUCCACCAGUCGGAGGCCGUGCUCGCCCAGAAGUCGCGCAUCCUCCAGCAUUAGGGGAUUCCGACUCACACUCUGAUUCUGUAACCAAUUCCGAUUCCGAAUCCGAAUCCGACUCCUCCUCCAGGACUCUUCCGUGUGAAAGGCGUGUGUAUGGUGUGUGUGUGUGGUGUGUGUGUGUGGUGUGUGUUCCAAAGUAUGCAAGUCCUUUCCUUUUUUUCCCUUUUCACGCCGCAGUUUGCAGUAGUGUCUUCCAUUUUAAGUCCCAAAACAAAAUUUAUAUACGAGGCUGCCACAGAAAUCACUAGGGUAUAAAAAUAUUUUCAAAAGGUGUCUAAAAGUAUGCAACAACAAAUUACGUCGUGUUUCCAAGUGAAUACCAAGUACUUUCAGACUCGAAUAAUAUUGUAGCAUACUUUUGGACACCCUUUUAAAUAAUGUCAAAAACUUAGGGAUUUCUAUAGCCCGCACUUUUGUUCAAAGUGUUUAAACAUUUCUUUUAUUUUAACUAUCGUUAGGAAUUUUCGUUUAGGUAUUUAUUCAAAUAAUCUGAAGGUUAAAUUCUGCAAGCUUUGAAAAAACAGGUUUACUUUUUUAUUUUUAUUUUAUAUUAAUUUGUAUAUUAAUUAAAGUGCAUUUUAUUUCUUGUUGACAAAAGUAAAAAUUGGCAAAAAUAAAUUUAAGUGGAGUUUUAAAGUUAUUUCUGUUAAACGCGAAAUAUUAUUAUUAUUUUACAAUAAAGUUCCGCAAGUUUUGAAAGAAAGUGAAAAUCAGGACAGAUCUGAUAGUGUGCAAGUGUUGAUUCUCUAAAGGCAUUUAUGGGCUCUGUUUUUUUAAAAUCAGUACUGACAGGAAAUUAGAUGUGAAAGCUAUGCUUCCAUAAAUAAAAUUAUAUGAUAUGCUUUGAAAAAUACACUUAAACCACCUAUUUGUGACUGUUUUUGUCAACUAUAGUGACUACAAAUCGGUUAUUCGUCAACAAAAAUCAUAAAGGUUUAAAAUAAUUUCUUAAUAUAUUUUAUUGAUUUGAGCCUAGUGAUUUUAAAUAAUUUAAUAGCGAGAUAAAAUGUCAGUACUGUUCUUUGAAUAGAUAAAAAAGUCACUAUGAGUGGCUUUAGAUUUUCCAUACGAAGGAUUAUUCCAAUGGAAAACUAAUAAAAACUCGAGCACAUAGUCGGGCGAAAAUCGACUAUAUAGUUUUGAUUUUAACUAUGAUUUCGACUGCCCGAUUUGCCGGCGAGAAUCGCGUGUGAAUGUUUAUCGAGAAACAGGGGAAUAAGAAAACAAAACUAAAGCAAGGUGAUUCAUUUAUGCGACUGAUUAUUAACAUAUGGGUAUUAAAUAAUUAACCAAACUCAUGGUGCGAGGGGGGUGACGAGGCGGUGAAAUGUCGAUGUCCUCAACGUAAGGAUACCAAUGUAGGGGAUAAAGUUAAACCUAAUUGCUAAUGGCUACAGGCAAACCAAAUACAGAGCGAUAUGUGUGUGUCAUGUAAUUCGUUUAGGCCUCAUUGUUGUUUCUUUACGUGUUCGUUUCGAUGUGUAUAAACAUAUAGUUAUAAUUGACUGAACGUUAUUUUUUUUGUGUAUAUAUUAACGAUUAAAUUUUAAACGAAAGCGAAAGCGCAAGCGAAACCAAAACCUAAAUCGAAAUCGAAAUCGAAAGCAAAAUCGAAACUUAUUGAAACAUGUUUAACUCAUGUCCAAAGGAAGGAGGUAGGAAUAUCUUUUAAAUAGCCAACAUGUUUCGAGAAACCACAGCUUACACCCUUUGAAUGUUUGUGAUAGUCGAGAGUAGGCGACUAUAAAAUACCCUGUACCCCAUAGUCCCAAACCAAUUGAAUCGCUAAGAUAUAGCCUCCUUCUCCCCAGACUUUCGGUGUGCAAAAGCUUUAAACUUCAUAUCCAUUCGAGCAGCGCCAACGCUUAAUGCGUGGAUACAGGGUAUUUCCAGGUGUCUAGCAUCCAAAACAGCAUUUUUAAUCUAAAUAUAUAUUGAGAGUGGAUCGAAGAGAUUGUGCCACACUAAAGUCAAGUCUCAGGCUUGCAGAGCCCCCUAUAUAUCGAUCAAAUAUAAUAUAAUAUAAGGGGACAUGUGUGCUUAAGCGAGAACCAAAAACAAAUGAUAAAAAUGGCAGAACAUUUUUUUUUAGAUUUUUUUACCAUUAACAUUAACGUUACGGAACGAAUGAAAUGGAAAUGGAAAUGGAAUAACUUGUCAAAAGCCUAGGUGUUAAAUGUUGCGUCAAUAAGCGAAAUUUUAUUGUAGCGGGGCCGACGAUGGGCCCCCAAAUUCCGGAACCCAACUAAAACUAAGAACUCCAGAUAAAGAAAACCAUAUAGUCAAGCUUUAAAUGUUGUACACAAAGAGGGGUCGAAGCCACUUAAAACCCAAGUUAACUAAACCAAAACAAAAUAAACAAAACAAAACAAAACAAAACAAAGAGAAUGCCCAAACAGACCCAAGAAUAAAUAAAUGUUAAACUUAACUAAACGAUAAAUGCAUAUUUAUAAAUGUUUAAAACAAGAAUUCUAUAAUACACUAAAGGAAAACUAUAUAUGUAAUUGUGCUAAGGCAGAAUUUAAUGUAUUCCAAGCUACCAAAGCGAAAAAAAGCCAUUAACUACGUGGAACCAAACAAUGUAAACGCAAAGCUAACAACAAAUACGAAACACAAAAUACAAAUACAAAAUACAACUCAUUUCCCUAAAGUACAAAGGAAACGAAAGAAAAGCCUAUUUUUCAGUUAAGCCCUCAAAAACCACACCAUCUAAAAAAGACCAAAAACUGGAAAGUAUUUAACGAAGUGAUUUGGUUUCAAGACAACCUAACGUAUUCAAGCCGAAACCGAACCGAAUCCAAAUAGAUUUAGCAAGUAAAAGAGCAGAAAACUAUGUAUUUCCAACAACCAGACACAAGUAUACCAACAAAGAGAUUCAAAGCAACUAAUAACAAAAAAUCGAAACAAUAAAGACAUUUU